UUACUUUAUGAAAAUCAUUCAAACCUAAACUAUCUAAAUUCAAUAUCCAUGCUUCUGGCAAACGUCAUGGCUUAGAGCAUACGAAAGCAAAACACUCCAUCUAUCGCUAUAAAAACCUUUGUUCGAGGUUUACAAUGAAACCACUUUAGCUGAACAAUCAUUUCCUAGUUACUCCUCUUUCUUGUCAAACUAAUUACCCUAUUUGAGAUAUUCGACAUGAGAUUGGUUUCAUGGACACUAUUACUUUUGGUUUCAUGCACAACAUACUCAUCAACUGCUAUGGGGAAACCUGAGAACGACAUAAAAACAUCUGUUUUUUUAUCACCGAGGUUUGAGCUAGGUCCAGGGUCAGUUGCAAACAAAGUUUAUUUUGAUGUUGACAUUCCAAGGGGCCAUAUUGCAAUCAAAAGUUUCAAUGCUGAAGUGGUUGAUGAGGCAGGGAAAUCAGUACCUCUACAAGAAACAUAUCUCCAUCACUGGAUUGUAGUAAAAUACCACCAACCUAAAAAUGUGUCACUCAAUAACAACCAAACACAUAUUGUUGAGCUGAGAAACAGUGGCUUGUGCCAGGAAAAUGUUCUUGGGCAGUAUUUUGGGCUUGGAUCUGAAACAAGAGGAACUGCCACUGAUAUUCCAGACCCUUUUGGGAUAGAAAUUGGAAACCCUUCAGAAAUUCCAUAUGGUUAUGAGGAGAAGUGGUACAUCAAUGUGCAUGCCAUUGAUACAAGGGGUGUGGAAGAUAGGAUGGGAUGCACUGAGUGCAGGUGUGACCUAUAUAAUGUUACAACAGAUGGGAAUGGAAAACCUUUGAGUCCAUCUUACAAAGGAGGUUUGGAUUGUUGCCCUGAUGAUUCUCACUGCAGGUUGGAGAAAGGCUUCAAUGGUCCAAAGAGAAGCCUAUAUCUGAGAUACACAGUGAAGUGGAUCAACUGGGAUAACCAUGUGGUGCCCCUUAAGAUUUAUAUACUUGAUGUGACUGAUAUCUUGAAUGUGUCCAAAGGAAUCAGUCCAAAUCAUACUUGCAAGGUUGAGUAUCAGGUUGAAGCUUGCAGCAAAGGGUACAACAGUAGUAGUGCUUGCAUUGAUGUAAAGAAAACAAGCCUCCCAAUGCAAACUGGUGGUUAUGUCAUAUAUGGUUUUGGUCAUGUACACUCAGGUGCAACUGCUGCAACUCUAUAUGGACAGGAUGGGGGAGUGAUUUGUUCUUCAAUACCAAAAUAUGGAAAUGGAACUGAAGCAGGAAAUGAGAAAGGGUAUGUUGUGGGAAUGUCCACAUGUUAUCCUAAACCAGGUUCUAUCAAAAUAAUAGAUGGUGAAAGUCUAACUCUAGAGAUUAUAUACAACAACAGCCAAAUGCACUCUGGAGUGAUGGGCCUUUUUUACAUCUUGGUGGCUGAAAAACUUCCAGACAACCUUUGAAAUUCUUGUGUCCUAAUGAUAUCUCUGAUAUCAUUUUGGAAGUGGAUCCAAGACACUAUUCUGUGAUAUCUAUAUGAAUAACUGGAAUAGAAUAAAGCUAGCACAAUGAUUUGUAAUAUAAUAGGUAAGUAUGAAUGUAUUAUACAAGUUACAUCUUCAGAUAA